AUGUUCUGGCUUUUCAUUACUGGAGCACUUGGAGCUUCAAUUCUAGGAGUCUCUCCAAAAAGUAAUUGCGAUUUAGUGCAAUCUUUAUAUCAAGCAGAAGUCUUUAGCUGCCUGGAUGGCUCUUUAGACGUCCCAGCAACCUUUAUUAAUGACAAUUUCUGCGACUGCACUGAUGGAUCUGAUGAGCCUGGCACCUCUGCUUGCAAGAAUGGGCAGUUCUACUGUGCUGAGGACGGAUACAGCCCUUUUACAAUCCCUUCUUCAAUGGUCGGCGACUCAAUUUGUGGUAUGACUUAUCUAGGAUUGCUGUGAUGGAUCUGACGAAGAACCAGGAAAAUGCCCUCACAACUGCAAGGAUAAAAAGAUGAAGUCUCAGGAAAAUUUAAGGCAAAAAUAUACAGAGUGGCAACAAGGACUUGUAGCAAAAUUAGCUGUAAUUGCUCAGGCAUCAGUAAAUUUGCAGACAAAGGAGUAUGAAAUUAAGAAACAUAAAGAGCUGAGAGAAGCUGGAGAAAAACAGAAAAAGGCUGCGUGGACUGUCGUUAAGUACUUGAAUGAGCACCAAGGAUGCAGUGAAGGGUCAGAAGAAAAAUUUGAGUCAAUCGGAAACACAAUGGAUGAGAUGGUUGUGUCAGCUACUAACAAAAUCAAAGAUCUGGAGGACGAGCUGACUUAUGAUGUUGGAAAAGAAAAAGAGUUCUGGAACUUAAUUGGGCUUUGCACUGAUUAUAAGGAAGCUAAAUACACGUAUACAGUCUGCUUUUAUAAGGAUGCUGUGCAAAAAGAAGGCUCAAGCCAGUUUCUCAUUGGCAGGUGGAAUGGGUUUGCUGAGGAUUAUCAGAAGAUUUCGUUCACUGGAGGAGACAGAUGUUACUCUGGGCCAGAGAGAUCGCUGACGUUAACAUUGGAGUGUGGUCCUACAGUCAGACUUUAUGGGCUUGAGGAGCCUGAAAGGUGCGUUUACACAGCGAAGUUGGUUGUGCCUGGAGCUUGCAAGCUGGACCAAUAUUAA